CUGUGAGAAAUAGCGCUGGGGCUAUGCAAUCGCUAGGCAUACCCAAUUAGCUGGUCAUCCGAUCUCUGCUUACGACAAUCUCGGCUUUAGAGCGGUUUCGUUACUCUCAAACUGAGAGUGUAAACCGGUUUUACCGAUCAAAGUAAGCUUCUGAGAUAGUGAUUUAAAAUUUCAAAUGUAAACAAACAUUUUCGAUAUCAAGCCUACAGUUGGCAAGCGGCAUUCAUAGCAAGUAGAGUUGUAAUAGUAGAGGCACUAGCGAAGGAUUGGUAAUUCCGAAAAAAAUCGAGAUCUCAAAAAUAACCAGAGAUAAAAUUGUUUAAAUAAAUUCGUAUAAAGUAUAUGAAGCGCGGGCUAAGAAGCGGGCGUCACUCUUUAAUUCAUCUUACUUCAUACUAAUAAAACCAAAAGUAAAAUUAAAAAAAAAAAAAAUCAACAACAGCCAUAAACAAGUGCUGCCCAUAGGUCAAUAAAAGUGCACUAGGACAAUAAAAUUAGCUCGAGGAAUUUGCAAAUAAAGGGCGUAAUUGUGCAGUAAAAUUGUUUUUCGGCCCUAGGGAAUACAUGCAUGUAUGAAUGUAAUCUUGCAUGCAUACAUAUUACAAUAAUUGAGUGAUUAAAUUAUUUUCUGGAAAUACAUCAUAUAAUUAACACACAAUUAACACAAAGUGGAUGAUGUGCGGAAUCAAGUGGAGUUCAUUUGUGCCACUGCUGGCAAUCUUAUCAAGUUUUAAUUCUGAAACGGACGCCGAUGUGUUUGACGAUGGAAAGUUACGCGUUUGCGUCGUCGAAUCCCGGGGCACAUACCGCAAAACCCCAAAGUUUUGCCCAAUUCUGGAAUCAACUAGUAAUAUUGAAUGUGUGAUAGGAGUUGAUCGUCUGGACUGUGUUCGACGGAUACACAAAGGAACCGCCCACUUUGGUGUGCUCUCGGCAGAAGAGCUUAUAGCAGCGCGUUGGGCGAGCGUUGAAAUUUUGGUAACGAGUGAAAUGCGUUCGCAUGAUACCCAUUUCGAGUAUGAAGUCGUCGCUGUGGUGGAUAAUGAGGCAAAUAUACAUACAGCACAUGAUCUACGCGGUGCAAAACUCUGUCAUCCUGGAUAUGGACUAGGCAACCAUUGGACUGAAGUGUUAGCCAAUUACUUUGAGUCAACUCUGAUCUCAAAAUCAUGUAAUCCGGACAUUUCGCUGACAGAAGACCGCAUUAGCGCUUCGGCUAAAUACUUUGGGCCCAGCUGCAAAGCCGGCCCAUGGGUGCCUGAUCCCACACAGGACCGAAUACUUAAGGACCGCUACCCGUCAUUUUGUCAACUGUGCUACGAUUCAUACCGUUGUGAUAUAGGUGACAAGCAUUGGGGCCGUCGUGGUGCGCUGUAUUGUCUCACUAAUGGUGUUGGAAACGUUGCUUGGGCGCGUCUGGAUGAUGUUCGUAGCCACUUCGGCUUAACAGGACUACAGGCGCAGGCAGAUCCUUCUGAGUAUAGUUAUCUCUGCGCCGACGGCCAUUUGCAGCCUAUCACCACCGAACGCCCAUGUGUUUGGGUAGCUAAGCCCUGGCCGGUAAUAGCUGCCCGGCGCACUCACGCUGCACAGAUCCAAAAUUUAGUAGCCGGUCUCAAUCACGACGACCCCAAUAGCUGGCAGAACGCAUUACUCAGUUUGCUCGAGAACUUCCACGUAGAGAUAGUUACACUUGAUAAUGUCAUUCCCAUCGAUGACUACCUGGAUCAGGCACCAGCUUUUCAGAGCGCUUACAGUUUCCCCGAAUGCAAUCCACCGCGCUCGAUCGUUUAUUGCACCACGUCGAUAAUUCAACAUAUUAAGUGUUCUUGGCUACAAGAAGCUUCCCAAGUGUACGGGGUCGAGCCGAAUAUUCAGUGUAUACGAUCUGACAGCAUUGACUCCUGCAUGGACGAUAUUAAAUUCAAGGCCGCUGAUGUGGUGUUGGUCGAUCAUGAAAACCGCAUUAGAGCACAGCGUGACUACAAUCUCGUCCCGAUACUUUACGAAUUCUCACAAGACAUGCACGAACGCUAUGCCAUAAUUGCAGUGGUGCAUAAGGACUCAAAACUAAAAUCAUUUUCUGAUCUUGAAGGAGCUAAAGCAUGUCUUCCCUCAUAUGAGGGACCGGCUCAUUUGUCGGUGCAGGAUACGAUAGCCAAUGUCACACAACGCAUUACCUCGCUACAAUUGUUCUUCCAUCGCGAUUCCUGCACUUGGCAACCGCAUGCCCACCGCACAUGCCCGGACAGCUACCGAGGAGAUGAAGGCGCAUUGCGUUGCUUAGCCGAAGGUGGCGAAGUUGCUUUUCUAAGUUCGGCAGUUUAUAAAAACUAUACUCUGGGGAAUUUGACCGAAAAAUGGGUGCGAGAUUCAGGACAUAAAUCCUUCCGCGUUUUGUGUCCCUACGGCGCCAACGAACGUCACUCCAAGUUCGAGUACUGCUACAUGCACUGGACUACUCGCGGUCAUCUAAUGACGCACAACACUUCUUUGACACGAAGCAAUGAAAUCUAUAACUCUUUGCGUGACAUAGAUCAUCUCUUUGGCAAAAGCUACCGUCCAGAAACUCGGCCAUUUACAAUGUAUGGCGUUUUCGAUAAACGAAAUAACGUUAUGUUCCGCGACAAGACAGAUGGCUUGAGGGGCUUAACUGACAUAAAGGCAGAUACUUCGAAACGGUUAAUGGAAGAUAUAUUCGAAAAAUAUGUGAACAAUUUUUACGUAGAUCCUAAUUCUAGUCAGUCCAAGUCGAGUUCCCUUGCUCUGGUAGCGAUAUUGGCACUGUUAGUUGUAAGAAGAAUUUGGAUUUGAAAGUGGACAAUUUUGAAUGCAUAGAUUUAAUAUUUUAUUCACAAAAAUUCAAUAGGCCUUAAUCGGAGAAGACGAGUCUUAAGUAUACUACUCCAAAGUAUGCAAUUUUGUGAUAUUAUUUUAUACUAUUUUUAUGUAUUUUGAUAAACAUAAAAGUUAUUUAAGUACAGUUUUAUAUUUCCGCUUAUGUUUGUCUAUUAAAACUCUUCA